GGGCAGUGGAGGCGGCGCCAUCUUGGCGGAGCCGUGCCGGGGGCUGCGGGACCCGUCCGAGCGGCGUGUCCGUUAAGUUGAUUUUACAGAAUUUAUCAGGUCUCCAAAGCAGAAACAGGUAAGCUGCCAAAAGCUUGACACUUCUGAGUAUUGUGACAAGAUCAUACACAGCCUUUUUUCCUCACAGAGUUGUGGCUGGCAACUAGGAUAUGCUUGUGGCCACUACAGUUAAUACUCUGACUACCCUGAAGAGACAACAUUUUUGAAUGCUGAGAAAACAUACAUUAUUGAACAGAACUGAUCACUGGGUAGAUCGACUUGUCAAAGCAGUAAAGUCAUCACUGUUUGUGAAUUACUUCAUUUUCCAGUGACAGUUAUUCUUUUUCCUUUCUCCUUUUAUCAGUUAGUGUCCUGUUCAAAAGUAAACUGGAUUUUUUUUGUUUGUAGGAGUGGGCAGAGAUCUCUGGCAUAGAGUAAUUAUCCCAUGAAAGACUUGAGGUGUUUUUUAGGUAUUGUGGAUGGUGAGGAGUGACUUAGGUGGAUUUUGUUGCCCUUAGUGUAGGGAAUAUUGAUAGAUUUGUGCACGUGUGCCGGUGGAGUAGCUAAUUGUUCUGACUAAUGAACAUUCAGUGAAAUUGUGUUUUAAACGUGUUCUUGUGAACUUGUGGGUUCUUUGAUACCUUCUCUCUUGAUGAGACAAGGCAUUCAUUAAAAAGGCUCUAGCUUCUUAAGUGAUAAGAUACUGUAAAAUAGCUGAGUACUAAAGACGUGCUAUCAUGUGUACCUUUUUGUCUGCAGGUGAUUUUUGCUGUGGGUUGAGCUCAGCAUGGCUGUAGUCAUCCGUUUACAGGGGCUUCCUGUUGUUGCGGGUCCUCCAGAUAUUCGUCGUUUCUUCUUGGGAUUGAAUAUUCCUGAUGGAGGUGUGCAUAUUAUUGGAGGAGAGAUUGGGGAGGCUUUUAUUAUAUUUGCAACAGAUGAAGAUGCACGGCGUGCCAUGAGCUGUUCAGGAGGGUUUAUCAAGGACUCGCGCAUAGAGCUUUUUCUCAGCAGCAAGGCAGAGAUGCAGAGUACCAUAGAAAUGAGCCGGAAACGAUUUGACCGUGGGGGACGAGAAACUAUGUCGGGCUCUAGAAGAACAGGCACUAAUGGUUCUAGUACAUCAAGUGUUGGAGAUAUACCACAUUUAGUUACAGCUUCUCCUAAAGGAAUGAGAAAACCUAGUUACGGGCCACCAAAUCGCCUGGAGGCUGGUUUCCAUACCAACGGCACAAGAUACGGUGAUAUGGGUAUACCUAAGUCAAACUAUCAGAUAAGAAAGGAUUCUCACCCGUUUAACCCAGAUGAUCGUUACUUAUUUCUACGUGGUAUACCUUACUCUGCAACAGAAGUUGAAGUACGUGCUUUCCUUUCGGGGAUAUGUGUGGAUGAAGUGAUUCUGAUAAAGCACCGCAAUGGUUUAAACAAUGGUGAUUGCUUGGUAAAAUGUGCUACACCCGGUGAUGCCUUAGAAGGACUUAAACGUCAUAGACAGUACAUGGGUCAGAGGUUUAUAGAAAUUAGUCCAACCACAGAGGAACGGUGGAUUGAAUGCGGUGGGAGGAUAGACAUGCCAGAUGAAAUGGAUCACUUUUUGUGCGAAGACCAUUCUCCCAGAAGUUCAGGCUACAUGCAUUCAAGGAAGCAUUCUCGUUCAAGGUCACCAAGGAGACAAAGAACACAUUCUCGUUCAUCUCCCACCCAGGAGUAUUACAUACACUUAAGAAAUCUAUCUUUUAAUGUGGAGAAAAGAGAUUUGAGAGAUUUUUUUCCUGAUCUAGAUAUACACAGCAAACAGAUCAAGAUUCUAACAGAUAAGCAUCAGAAAAGGACUAGAGAUGCCUUUGUGGUGUUAAGGAGUGAGAGAGAAUAUCAGGCUGCUUUGGAAUGUCAUAGAAAGGUUCUUCUCAAUCGUCCUGUGUACAUUUUUCCAAUUUCAAGAAAGUCAAUGUUGAAAAUAAUUGACUCUUGUGAGAGGAAAAGAUCACUGGACAGAGAUCAUCUUGGACAGGCCAUAUCAGAAAAAAGUUACCGGGAAGGUCAUUCCAGCCCUAAGACUUGUGUUUAUGUAAGGAAUUUUCCAUUUGAUGUGUCAAAAAUUGAAGUGCAAAAGUUCUUUGCAAGAUUUGAUAUUGAUGAAGAUGAUAUUUACUUGCUCUAUGAUGAAAAAGGAGUUGGACUGGGAGAAGCACUAGUGAAGUUUAAAUCUGAAGAACAAGCCAUGAAAGCAGAAAAUUUAAAUCGUCAAACAUUUUUGGGAACAGAAGUAUUAAUAAGACUUAUAUCUCAAGAUCAGAUGCAGAAGUUUGGUGUACCUGCACCAUUAUCUGCACCAAAUGAAAUGCACGGUCAUUCACAUCCGUAUGACAGAGUUGACAUCUCCCGUCCAGUUGGUUCACCAGCUGGGCCACCACAAGGGCCACCCAUGCAUUCAUUUGGUCCCCCUGGGAACUUCAGGCAUCAUUCUGAAUUUAGACAUCCCCCUGAGGACUUCAUGUGCCCUCCUAAGGAUUUUAGGGGUCCACCACCCCUCAUGGAUUUUGGUGGUGACAGUGAACCUUUUGGCAGAAUGGAGUUUGGGAAUAAUAAAAUGGGAAAUUUUCCUGAAGGAAGAUUUAUGCCAGAUCCAAAUUUCAGUGGUGGUUCUGAACGUGUUGUUCCUAUUCUAAUGAAAAAUUUACCUUUUAGAGCUACUCCUAAUGAGAUUCUGGAUUUUUUCUAUGGCUACAGAGUAAUACCAGAGUCAGUUUCUAUGCAGUACAACGAAUAUGGAUUACCAUCUGGUGAUGCCAUUGUUGCUAUGACAAGCUAUGAGGAAGCUAUGGCUGCUAUUAAUGAACUGAAUGAUAGGCCCAUUGGUCAACGGAAAGUUAAGUUGAGUUUGCUGUAGAGGAAAAGAUGCUCUAAUAACACAUUCUAGGUUUGACAGUAUUCACAGUUAUUUUAACUUUUAAUUACUGGAAGAUGGAAAACAUUUUCCAUCAACGGUUGUAAAUAAUACCCAGUUCAGUUGUUUAGCUCUUGGUUGAAAUACCUGUAGGACAUUGAAUGUCAUACAUCAAGGUAUAAAAGGAUGGAGUUGUAAUGCUUUUGGUUGUUUUUUUUUUUUUUCAUAAAGAUUAAUUUCAGCCGUAUGUCUUUGCAUCAAAUAAAAACAUAAGUGCUGGUUGACUGACCACACAAACGGUUCAAAUAGAAAAUUUUCAGUGCUACCUGAAUUAAUAAAUGACACUUCUUACUGAGGUUAGCUUAAUAAAAUUUUAAAAAUUACUGAUUUUUUUGUUUCUUUUUGUGUAAACUUUUCAGGUUUUAUUCGGUUUUUUGUGUUUGCAGGCAUUCCUGUUUAAAAGCUUCCUGUUCUCAUUAGCUGGCUUUGCAACUUUUUUAAAAUAAAAAGGAAAUUGCCAUUUAAAUGUGUGUCUUAUAUUUAAAACUUGGAUAGUUAAUGAUCUCAACUAUUAUGCUCAGCAGAUCUGGGUCUUGUUGAGAAUGAUGCUGGCUGCUUUUUCUGGAAAGAGUGAACUGGUAGUUUAUCAACAAAGCAAAGGAUAGGUAGUUUACAGUGAUUGCAGAGGCUGUACUCAUUAGUUAGGCUUUUUUCUCACUCACUGUAGUACCCUGAGGCAGAAAAUGAAUGUUGGAAUUAGAUCAAGAAUUCUAACUUCAGUGGUUUUGUUUUAUCUUCACAUGCUGCGUAAUAUGAAUACUAACUGGCUAAGGAUGUCUGGAUGCAUUCCAGAUCAAUCUCUGAUUAGUUUUAACUAGCAUCUGUCACUGACA